GAGGCUCUCUCAGCCAGCAAAUGACUAAGCUAUGCUUAUAUUUUGCUUCAUGCGCGCUAAUAAUUCUCAAAUCUCCCACCCUAAGAUGAAAUUGAAUCUGUGAACGGACUCAUUCAGAUUUUUUGAGUUCCUUUCCUCGUUCACGUAGAUCAGUGAAUGAAUGCCUAUGAUCCAAUCUCUUCCAUUGUAUUUUUCAUCACUGAAAGAAAAUGUCCGCAUCGCAAUCCCUCGGUGGUUCUUCACGCUGCGGUAGAGUCCUCGGUCCAUCACUCGACAAGAUCAUUAAGAACGCCGCGUGGCGUAAGCACUCUCGCCUUGUCUCCGCCUGCAAAUCCACCCUCGACAAGCUCGAAUCCCUCUCCGACUCCGAUUCCGGCGAAUCCGAAUCCGAAUCCCAAUCACCUCUUUCAGGUCUCUCCUCCUCUGAUGCCGAAUUUGUCCUUCAACCUCUCUUUCUCGCGCUUGACUCUGCUUACCCUAAGGUCGUUGAGCCUGCUCUCGAAUGCACCUUUAAAUUGUUCUCUCUCGGACUCGUCCGCGGCGAGAUUGGUCCACAGUCCGGCGUCGUUUUCAACAUAAUUGAUGCCAUUUGUAAGUCCGGAGGGCUUGGAGAGGAGGCGAUUGAGCUUGGCGUGUUAAGAGUGUUGCUUUCAGCUGUGAGAUCUCCUUGCAUUUUGAUUCGUGGAGAUUGUUUAAUUCAAAUUGUGAGGACUUGUUAUAAUGUGUACCUUGGAGGUAUGAACGGCACCAAUCAGAUCUGUGCUAAGUCGGUUCUUGCACAGAUCAUGAUCGUUGUUUUCACCAGAGUCGAGGAAGACUCCAUGGAUGUCUCCGUUAAGAGGGUUUCUGUUAAUGAGCUUUUGGAAUUCACGGAUAAGAAUUUGAACGAGGGAAAUUCCAUUCAUUUUUGUCAGAAUUUCGUUAACGAGGUAAUGGAGGCCUGUGAGGGUGUUCCUCUCAAGCCAUCAUCGUCUAUACCAUCACCUCCUCUGGAAGUGCAGACCAAAGCAGCUGAUGAAACUAGUACCGAGAAGUUGGAUAAUGAAGCUGGAGCUGAUGAAAGUAAAAUAAGGGAAGAUGGUUUUCUUCUUUUUAAAAAUUUGUGCAAAUUGUCUAUGAAAUUCUCAUCUCAACAGCACCCUGACGAUCGUAUCCUUUUGAGAGGGAAGAUUUUGUCAUUGGAGCUCCUUAAGGUAGUCAUGGAUAAUGGCAGCUCAAUUUGGCGCACGAAUGAGAGGUUUCUCCAUGCUAUCAAGCAGUAUCUUUGCUUGUCAUUAUUAAAGAACAGUGCCCUCUCGGCAAUGGCCAUUUUCCAGCUUCAGUGUUCCAUUUUCAUGAACUUGUUAUCAAAAUUCAGAUCAGGGUUGAAAAAAGAAAUUGGCAUGUUUUUUCCCAUGCUUAUCCUCCGAGUUCUUGAGAAUGUUCUUCAGCCCAGUUUUCUGCAGAAAAUGACUGUCCUCAACUUACUGGACAAAAUAUCUCAAGAUCCUCAGAUUAUUAUUGACAUUUUUGUCAACUAUGAUUGUGAUGUGGAUGCUUCUAACAUAUUUGAAAGGAUUGUCAAUGGCCUUCUGAAAACUGCUAUGGGACCACCUACAGGGUCAACCACAGCUUUGUCUCCAGCACAGGAUUUUACUUUUCGACAUGAAUCUGUGAAAUGCUUGGUCAGCAUCAUUAAGUCAAUGGGAGCAUGGAUGGAUCAGCAGAUAACGAUAGGAGAUUUGUAUCUAGCAAAGAGCCCUGAAAGCAGUAGUGCAGCAGAGAUUCAUCUAAUACUAAAUGGAGAAGAAGGAAAUGGUUCUGAUCAUGAACUACAUCCUGAUGUAAACUCUGAAUUUUCAGAUGCUGCCACGCUAGAGCAGCGUCGGGCAUAUAAAAUUGAACUUCAGAAAGGUAUAUCGCUUUUUAAUCGAAAACCUUCCAAGGGUAUUGAAUUUUUGAUAAGCAACAAAAAAAUUGGUAGUUCUCCAGAAGAAGUGGCUAUUUUCCUGAAGAAUACUGGUGGCCUUGAUGAAACCAAGAUUGGUGAAUAUUUGGGGGAAAGGGAGGAGUUUUCUCUAAAAGUUAUGCAUGCUUAUGUAGAUUCCUUCAACUUCAAAGGGAUGGAUUUUGGUGAAGCAAUACGAUUUUUUCUUCAGGGCUUCAGGUUGCCUGGUGAGGCACAGAAAAUUGAUCGCAUCAUGGAGAAGUUUGCUGAGCGCUAUUGUAAAUGCAGCCCUAGUUCUUUUAGCAGUGCAGAUACUGCCUACGUUCUUGCUUACUCUGUGAUAAUGCUCAAUACAGAUGCUCAUAAUAAUAUGGUGAAAGAUAAGAUGACAAAGGCUGAUUUUAUUCGAAACAACCGAGGAAUAGAUGAUGGAAAGGAUUUACCAGAGGAAUAUCUUGGGGCCAUUUAUGAUAAAAUUGUUAAAAAUGAAAUUAAGAUGAAUGCUGAUUCUUCUGCACCUCAGAGUAAACAAGCUAAUAGCUUUAAUAGAUUGCUGGGAUUGGAUGGUAUACUCAAUCUUGUGAACUGGAAGCAGAAUGAGGAAAAAGCAGUGGGCGCAAAUGGGCUUCUCAUUCGGCACAUUCAGGAGCAAUUUCAAUCAAAUUCACGAAAAUCAGAAUCUGCUUAUCAUGUUGUCACAGAUGUGGCAAUACUGAGGUUUAUGGUGGAAGUCUGUUGGGGGCCUAUGCUGGCGGCAUUCAGUGUAACACUGGACCAGAGUGAUGACAGGGUAGCUACUUCUCAAUGCCUACAGGGAUUUCGACAUGCUGUGCAUGUUACUGCAGUGAUGGGCAUGCAGACUCAAAGGGAUGCGUUUGUUACAUCAGUUGCCAAAUUUACUUAUCUGCACUGUGCUGGAGAUAUGAAACAGAAAAAUGUUGAUGCUGUCAAGGCCAUAAUAUCAAUUGCUAUUGAAGAUGGCGAUCAUCUGCAAGAAGCAUGGGAACACAUAUUAACAUGUCUCUCCCGAAUUGAGCAUUUGCUACUCUUAGGCGAGGGUGCCCCAAGUGAUGCGACCUUCUUCAGUUCAUCUAAUCUUGAAACAGAGGAAAAAGCGCCAAAGACAUUAGGUUUCUCUUCUUUUAAGAAAGGAACUCUCCAGAAUCCAGCCAUGGUGGCUGUUGUUCGUGGUAGUUCGUAUGACAGUACAAGUGUUGGGGUCAAUGCUUCUGCACUGGUAACACCAGAACAAAUAAAUAGUUUCAUUUCAAACUUGAAUCUACUGGACCAGAUUGGGAACUUUGAAUUGAACCAUGUGUUUGCUCAUAGUCAACGGUUGAAUGGUGAAGCGAUAGUAGCAUUUGUGAAAGCACUUUGUAAAGUUUCCCUCUCAGAGUUACAGUCUCCAACGGACCCUCGUGUGUUCGGCCUCACUAAAAUUGUUGAAAUUGCGCACUAUAAUAUGAACCGCAUCAGAUUAGUAUGGUCUCGCAUAUGGAAUGUUCUCUCAGAUUUCUUUGUGUCAGUUGGAUUGUCAGAAAACUUGUCAGUUGCAAUCUUUGCAAUGGAUUCACUGCGACAACUUGCGAUGAAAUUUUUGGAGCGUGAGGAGCUGGCUAAUUAUAAUUUCCAGAAUGAAUUUCUGAGACCAUUUGUUAUUGUUAUGCAGAAAAGCAACUCCACAGAAAUUAGAGAAUUAAUAGUUCGUUGCAUUUCACAGAUGGUUCUUAGCCGUGUCAGUAAUGUGAAAUCUGGCUGGAAAAGUGUUUUUAUGGUUUUUACAGCUGCUGCAGCUGAUGAGCGGAAGAAUAUUGUGUUGUUAGCAUUUGAGACAAUGGAGAAAAUAGUGCGUGAAUUUUUCCCUUAUAUUACUGAGACGGAAACAACGACCUUCACUGAUUGUGUUGGAUGCCUUUUGACAUUUACAAAUAGCCGAUUCAAUAGUGAUGUUAGCCUCAAUGCAAUUGCAUUUCUUCGUUUUUGUGCGGUCAGACUUGCUGAGGGAGGACUUGUUUGCAAUAAGAGUAGUGUUGAUGGCUCAUCGGUUGUAGUAGCAAAUGGUGUUUCAGAUGUACAAGCUCUUACUGAUAAUGAUGAUCACGUGUCCUUUUGGAAUCCUUUGCUGUCAGGGUUGUCAAAACUAACUUCUGAUCCAAGAUCAGCCAUAAGAAAGAGUUCUUUGGAGGUGCUUUUUAACAUUCUACGGGAUCAUGGUCAUCUAUUCUCACGCACAUUUUGGAAUAGCAUUUUCUGUUCUGUUAUUUUCCCUGUAUACAACUCAGUAUCUGUGAAUGCUGAAGGAAGCACAUGGGAUUCUGAAACUUCUUCAGUAGCAGCAGAAUGUUUAAUAGAUUUAUUUGUCACUUUUUUUGAUAUGGUGAGGUCUCAGCUAUCAGGUGUUGUGUCAGUACUUACAGGGUUCAUUAGAAGUCCUGUUCAGGGUCCAGCUAGUACUGGAGUUGCUGGAUUAGUGCGUCUCACAAGUGACCUCGGUAACAGGCUUUCAGAAGAAGAAUGGAAAGAGAUUUUACUGUGUUUGAAAGAGACAGCUACAUCGACAGUGCCUGGAUUCAUGAAGGUCUUGAGAACCAUGAACAAUAUUGAGGUGCCCAAUAUUUCACAGUCCUCUGUUGAUUUGGAGAGGUCUUCUGAUCAAGACUUGAGAAAUAAUGAGUUUGAUGAUGACAAUCUGCAAAUGGCCACAUAUGUUGUGUCAAGAACAAAGAAUCAUAUUGCUAUGCAGCUACUUAUUGUACAGGUUGCGGCUGAUCUUUACAGAACACACCAGCAAUCCUUAUCAGCAGCCAGCAUCAAAGUCCUUAUUGAAUUAUUUUCAUCUAUUGCUUUGCAUGCUCGCCAGCUGAACAGCGAUUCAAUCCUGCUGAAGAAGUUGCAGAAAGCUUGCUCCAUCCUGGAACUAUCUGGCCCGCCCAUGGUUCAUUUUGAAAAUGAGUCCUUCCAGAAUCUCCUUAACUUUCUACAAAAUUUACAUGACUAUGAUCGUUUUGUAUAUGAUGAGAUAGACUUAGAACAAGAGUUAGUCUCAGUAUGUGAAAAUGUAUUGGACAUAUACCUAAAUUGUGCUGGUUCCGUAUUCGCGCAUCACAAGUCAGAUACCCAGCCAGUGCCGCGUCGAAAACUCCCCCUGAGCUCAUCAAAGAAGGAGGAAAUAGCUGCUAGGACUUCUCUAGUCAUCUCAGCGUUGCAAGGGUUGGCUGGUCUGGAAAGGGAUUCAUUCAGGAGGUACAUUCCUCGGUUCUUUCAUUUAUUGGUAGAUCUCGUGAGGAGUGAACACACCUCUGGAGAAGUUCAACUUGCCCUGAGUAAUAUGUUCCGUUCAGAUGUAGGCCCAAUUAUAUUGGAAUGAGUUUUUAGUUGUGGCAUACUUUGUUUUGGAGACGUCGCUGAAUAUCAGUCAGCAUUUUCUUUAUAAGCUGAAGCACGAGCCAUUGCAAAGCCAUAUCUUAAUUUACUCACCAGUGCUGCUGUAGAGUGUAUACUCUUGGUUUUUUUUUUUUGAUUGUAAGUGCCAUAAUGUAAAUGAGAAAUUUAUUUGAAGCAGCAUAGUGAGUUAUCACAGAUAGAUACAGUUACUCUAUCCGAUGCGGUUAGUUUGAGUUUGAAAGGGAAGGGAAAGGAAGAG